AUGACUGCCAACAUUCAUAAAAGAAAGUACUUGCCCACACCCAGCACCUCUUCGGAAGAGUAUGACCCAAAGACCGAAUCCAUGACCAUUGAAGAAUUCUCGAGAGGCAAAGACCAAUGGCGCGUGAGUGCGGCAGGGCAUCUCCCCGUCCACUAUCCUUACAACUUCUUCAACUCGGGAGGCUUUCCAAAAAUUAUUGGCAAGAUGAAGCUUUGGCCAAGAGAUGAACCAAGUGCGGCUGUGGACACAGUCAUCAUCAGGACGAACCAGGGCGACGACGACAAAGAUCGAUUUACGCGAUGGCAAGAUGCCUGCGGGGAAAUUCUCGAUCUACUAGUGAAGAAGGGAAACUUAGACAGUUCUCAGGUCCAAGUAGAGAUUGUCAAUCCAGCCAGAACAAAUCAAGAUGAGUCGUCGGGUAUCCGCGAUACAACUGUGCGGGCUGCAAUUGAUUCUGUGAGAGACGCAUUGUACAACAUUGCCAAAGCUCACUUGGGUGGUCACCUUAGACAGAUCAGCUGGCAUAUGCGCGGUCCACGAGAUGCGCCUGAAGAAGCACUAAGACCUACUGCUAUGGUGUUCGUCAGGAAGCGGUCAUUUCUCAGAUUUACAUACGCCCAGAAAAGUAUUGCAGAAGCCCUGCUCACGCCGACAUUUCCGGGGGUCUUCAUUGACCUUGAGAUUGUUAGGGGUGGGGUUGAAUUGUGCUAG